AGAUUACUGCGCAAGCGCAUUGCUAUUAGGAUGGCGUAUUUUUUGACGAGCUAAGUAAAAGGGAAUUGUCUAGGGUGAGUCCGCGCUGGCGUCGGCUGAGCUCCCGUCUGGCGUCGGGUAACGGAACGAGAUAGGGCGCCGGCUGCUCCUCGUUAAUAUUCUCGGAGAAAGUGAGGAUUGCAGAUGCUGGAGAGUCAGUCGAAAAGGGUGGUGCUGGAAAAGCACAAUAGAUCAGGCUGUAUCAGAGGAGCAGGAAAGUUCAUGUUUCGGUUGUAAGUCCUUCAUCACGUUGCUGAUGAGUUUGAUUAACGCUCAUCUGUACGAGUCAAUACUAUGGAGAACAAGCAAGCUUCUGAAAGAAUCCUGUUAGAGCCUUACCACUAUCUGCUUCAGUUGCCAGGCAAACAAUUGAGAACCAAACUUUCGGAAGCCUUUAACCACUGGUUGAAUGUCCCGGAAGAGAAACUUAAGGUCAUCAUAGAAGUUACAGAAAUGUUGCACAGUGCUAGUUUGCUGAUCGAUGAUAUUGAGGAUAACUCUAAGCUGCGCCGUGGGUUUCCUGUGGCACACAGUAUCUACGGUGUUCCAUGCGUCAUUAACUCUGCCAACUAUGUUUACUUUUUGAGUCUGCAGAAGGUGAUGACCCUUGACCACCCAGAAGCCAUUAAAAUCUUCACACACCAGCUACUUGAACUGCAUCGAGGUCAAGGCUUGGACAUUAAUUGGAGAGAUACAUACACAUGUCCCACAUUGGAAGGUUAUAAGGCCAUGGUGCUACAGAAAACUGGAGGACUCUUUGGACUGGCUGUUGGCCUCAUGCAACUAUUCUCUGAAAAUAAAUCUGACUUCAAGCCUCUUCUUAACACACUGGGGCUUUUAUUCCAAAUACGUGACGAUUAUGCAAACUUAGCAUCUAAUGAAUAUAGUGCAAAUAAGGGGUUUUGUGACGAUUUAACAGAGGGAAAGUUUUCAUUCCCUGUUAUUCAUGCCAUCUGGUCACAUCCAGAAAGUACACAAGUGCAGAAUAUUUUGCGACAGCGAACUGAGAAUAUGGAUGUCAAGAAAUACUGUGUGAGCUAUCUUGAAAAGGUGGGUUCUUUUGCUUACACCAGAGAAACGCUCAAAACAUUGGAAUCUGAAGCUUACAAAAGUAUUGACAACUUAGGGGGUAACCCACAGUUAGCAGCUUUAAUUGAUCAACUUAGUCGAAUAUAUCAAGAGACAUAAAAAUGGUUUCCUUUGCUUUUUUUUUGAGACCCAUUCCUCUCUUGUACCCCUUACGUACAUGCACCUUGUCAUGAGUGCUUUUACUUGAUUUCUCUGUCACUUCUCAUCUGUCCAGUUCACUCUGAUUUGAGUUCUUGUUCACUCCUGUGAUUCUUCUUCUAUGACCUGAUACAUUGUACUCUCUCUAUCCUUAGCCCUGCAGUAUAUAUCAUUAGUUUAAAAUACAAAAAUUGAUAAACUGGAAGUACUAAGAAUGUUGAGAUUCCAGUUGAAAAUGUCGGCUCUCCACCUUUUUUAAAAAUGAUUAACUCCAGAUGAGCAAAUUUUUA